CGCCUCGCUCUGGUCCCUGCGGCUGGCGGCCGAGCCUUGUGCCUCCGCCAUAUUGUCUGUGUGCGGCCGGCGGGCGGGCGGCGAGCGGGCGGCCGCGGCAGGUGGAAGAAUCUGAGGCCUCUGUUCCUCUGUGCAGCUUGGUGGUCCCAGGUGGCCUCUGGCUCGAGCCAUCUCCUCGCUGCCAGCCAAGCCGUCGGCCAUGUCCGGACCCGUGCCGAGCAGGGCCAGGGUCUACACCGACGUCAACACACACAGGCCCCGCGAGUACUGGGACUAUGAGUCCCACGUGGUGGAGUGGGGAAACCAGGAUGACUACCAGCUGGUGAGGAAGCUGGGCCGAGGCAAAUACAGCGAAGUCUUUGAAGCCAUCAACAUCACAAACAACGAGAAAGUAGUUGUUAAAAUCCUCAAGCCUGUCAAAAAGAAGAAAAUCAAGCGGGAGAUCAAGAUCCUGGAGAACCUGCGCGGCGGCCCCAACAUCAUCACCCUGGCAGACAUCGUCAAAGACCCUGUGUCUCGGACACCUGCUUUGGUUUUUGAACAUGUAAACAACACAGACUUCAAGCAAUUGUACCAGACACUAACAGACUAUGAUAUCCGAUUCUACAUGUAUGAGAUUUUGAAGGCCCUAGAUUACUGCCACAGCAUGGGAAUCAUGCACAGAGAUGUCAAACCUCACAACGUCAUGAUCGACCACGAGCACAGAAAGCUUAGACUAAUAGACUGGGGGCUGGCUGAAUUCUAUCACCCUGGCCAAGAGUACAAUGUCAGAGUGGCUUCCAGAUACUUCAAAGGACCUGAACUCCUUGUAGAUUAUCAGAUGUAUGACUACAGUCUGGAUAUGUGGAGCUUGGGUUGCAUGUUGGCUAGUAUGAUAUUCCGGAAGGAGCCCUUCUUCCACGGCCAUGACAACUAUGAUCAGCUGGUGAGGAUAGCCAAGGUGCUGGGGACAGAAGAUCUCUAUGACUACAUCGACAAAUACAACAUCGAGCUGGAUCCACGUUUCAAUGACAUCUUGGGCAGACACUCUCGUAAGCGAUGGGAGCGCUUCGUGCACAGCGAGAACCAGCACCUGGUGAGCCCAGAGGCUCUGGAUUUCCUAGACAAGCUGCUGAGAUAUGACCACCAGUCACGGCUCACAGCCAGAGAAGCCAUGGAACACCCCUACUUCUAUCCCAUCGUGAAAGACCAAGCUCGGAUGGGCUCCUCCAACAUGCCAGGUGGCAGCACUCCUGUCAGCAGUGCCAGUAUGAUGUCAGGGAUUUCUUCAGUGCCAACACCUUCCCCACUUGGACCUCUAGCAGGCUCGCCUGUCAUUUCUGCCACCACCACGCUGGGGAUGCCUGUUCCAGCUGCUGCAGGAGCUCAGCAGUAGUGUUGGGCUCUUGUCUCCUGCUGUGCCUGAGCUGAGUCAGGUGGGGAAGAGGUUGUCCCCCUCCACCUCUCCUCAGGACACAGCUCGUGCCUGGCAGGGGCAGGGAGGGGGUGAAG